AUGGCUGAAGAUGAUGACGGCAUGAAUAUAUACAUAUACAUAUGUACGGACAUAUAUAUAUGUGUGCGUAUGAGUAUAAGUGUAUAAGUCCAAAAAUCGAAAAGUCCGAUUUGUAAAGUCCAUUAGUUUGGAGUCGCACCGGUGUUUCCUUCGAGCAUUGGCCGCUAGCACCGCUGAUCUCGAAGACUUGUCGACAAAGUCGGUUUGGAUACCGGUAGAGGCGUCACGCGUGGGACGCUCGUUCGACGGUUUAAAAGAUUUCAGGCCCCGUGAAACUAGCAGAGACGAGUAGGAAGAAGGACGCUGAGGAAGAGGAAACUGUAAAGACGAUUGGGGCCAAGAGAGUCUUGGUCUUUUACUGUGGUAAACAUGGAAAUACCAACAUGAUGGAUCGGCCCGUGCACAAAUAUCACUUAAAUGCGGAUGCUGCAGACAGCACCAUCACCGACCUGAUGGCUAUCACAAUUUAUCAUGUAAUAAAGAAGGCACGAAUCAAGAAGGGUAACUCGAAGAAGCAGCAGAGCAAGAAGGCUGGUUCUCCUUCCUAUGAGGCCGAUUCGAGCAGCCCUGAAGGGAUCGAAGCCCAGGAAACAAAUUUUCAGGAAUUCUCACUGCUUAUAAGGAAGAAAACAUCCCGACUCAGCCAGCGAAGGGCUCUCCAAGUGUCGGUGCAUAUUCUCCUCAGCACUUCCUGCUGGCAAAGUAAUUAGCUAUUGUUAACCAUGGUUUUGACAACGAAUAUGGAUACACAUGUAACAUGACUUAUGAGCAAAGUAACUCCAAUAUGCAAAGCGAACUGGAAACCUUGGAAGCAAAGAAACAAGCCAAAACUCAAGUUUCCUUGGACAACCUUUUGUGGAACCACAAACUCCAUAAUGAAGGGGCAACACUAUAUAUAACGAUAACUAUGAAGUUGGUAUCUGUCUCUCGGAGUUGGAUUUCUGGAGAGAUGAGGAGUUGAUUCAAGAACAGAUUCAUGAUACGCUUUACUAAUGUUAAUUAGCCUGAGGUGAUGAAUAAGAAGACAGUGUGAUCAGAAUUAAUUAUGUGACUUGGAUAUCUGUUUGUGCUAUCUGAUUAUCAUCAGUUGUCUUGCCUUGUUUUAGCGUAACAAUGUAUGAUGUAAUGAACAUUUUAUCCAAUUAUAAGAAGGUGAUGAUGUGUGCCACUAUAUUGAACUC